AGUAAACCUCCCUCGUUUUAUUAGUUUUUUCGGAUUUCACCAAAUCGUGCUGCUGUCAGACUCUAUGCAUCAUGACAAUAUCAAGCCAUUUCACUUGAUACAUACUUACUCCCUCCUGCUUAAGGAAAAGUCGUGUUGUAGGCCCUGUUGGCAAGAGGAUGGACUCUAUGGCGCUGGGCACUGUGAGGAGCGAAUGGGAUAUGGUAAAUGUGGUGGUUAGUCGCAUCGACCGGUGUUCUUUCUCAGAUCGCAAUACAGCCAGGACCAGUCGAAGUGAAGCAAGGACAUAACGUCAGUCUGUGGUGUCGACUGAAAAAUGGCGCUGAUGAAUAUAUACCAGCAAACUGGCAUUCGCCACCAAAUUUCAAAACAAUAACGACCAAUUGUGAGUCUUAUGCAAAGGAUAAAUACAAAAUGUCAUGUUCAGAUACUGAGGACAGUUUUAGAUUUUAUAAUUUGUCAAUAAUGGAUGCCCAAUGGGCCGAUAAAGGAGAAUAUCGAUGUCUACGUGCCAACGUCAUGGACAUUGUGGAUUUACAUGUUUUGGUUCCGGUAAAAAACGUGACACUGAAAUAUUGCACCGAGAAGACAGAUGACGCGCAACAGCACUUGCCGAAGAACCUGACCUGCACAACAAAUUGUGCAUAUCCGGCACCCAAUAUUUCAUGGUUUGUAAAUGAUAAACCGUUUAAUGGCACCGCGACGGUCACAGAAAUGGGCUGCGAAGGCGCGAAGGAGGGUCAGUACCGGACUGAAAGUACAGUGACAGACAUGGAGGAGGAUGACAAGGAAUAUAAAAUUUCGUGCACGGCAGAAAACGUUAAUGGAGAGCCAAACGUUUCAAACACAAUGUCACAACAUUUCAAUGAUGUAACCCCCAGUCCACAUCAGUCUUUAAUUACUCAUACAGCCGUGAUAGGCAUGAUAGUGGCAAUAUGUGCUUUGUUUGUCAUACCACUGACAAUCGGCAUAGUAUUGAUCAGGAAAAAAUAUCAGGACAAUGUUGCGCCGACUACUACGACUACUCGGACUACUCGGACUACUCAAAAUUCACUAGACAAAGGAACAGAUCGCAGUGAUGACAGUGAUGUCGCCCCGGAAAUUAUAAUUAUUGAAUGAAGGGAAUAAAUUCAUGAUUCUGAUAUAUUUGUUAGAUAAAUCAGAUAAAUCAUUGUAUGUUUUGUGCAACUUUGUGAAAUACUAAUUGAAAUUAGGAAGUUUUAAAAAGUGUUUAUUUCACAAUAGUUAUCCUAUUGAAUGUAUACAACAAACCAAGGAUGCAGCAUGUAGGAUCCUUCUAAUAUCCAAGUGAUACAUUAUUGUCCCUUAAGUUUUCAUAGAAAAUAUCAGACGAUGGAUGAAUUGAUCAAUGAUUGUUUUAUCCUAAUAUUAUUUUGUCAAUCAUAUAUCCAAUAACUUCACAUUUGUGUCGAAAUCCUAACUCCGGCCAAUUCGUGCCAAGUCCUGAUUCCGAGUCAAUGCAAUCAACCUUAUUAAGGUUCAAAUAUGAAGACUGACAAUUGCCGACUUUGACGUGUUUAAAAAAAUUGAAUAGAAUUCACAGCAUUGCAGACAUGUCAUCAAUGAGUUCAUAUAGCAAUCAUAGAUCCAAUAACUUCUCGUGUACCAUGUUUCAGGAUUGAAAUACCACCCUCUCAGAAGGUCAAUUACACAGUAUAGGCAUGAUGGGCCGAUGAUGGCCAUCCGUCUCAAACCUUCUUCCCCCUCAAGAAAACGUUGACAUAUGACCCAUCUAUUCGGGCGCUAUGUGUAAGGACUGUUUCAACAUCACCCCGGAGAAUCGAAAUCCUAAUUCCGGGCAAUUCGUGCCAAGGCCAGAUUCCGAGUCAUCGUAUUCCUGAGUUCCGAGUCCCUCGGUAUAUUCCUUGCAAAAAUGGCUCUCUCAUGGCAUACCUAAAUUCAGUAGUAUUUAACUGAUGCGUACAUUCGGAUCUAGAGAUACUUGGCCUGCUAUGGACUGAUUUCAAGUACCUUAUCUCUGCUUAGAUGGCGUGACAAAGCAAAAGAUCAAUAAGCAAGCAAGAAAAACAAAAGCUUUUCCCUUAUUGCAGCCUAUCAGAGCAACCUUUAAUAUGAAACUGCAACUAUCGUGUUCCCCAAUAUCCCAAGAUCCGAAUGCAAAAGUUGAAUUAAAACUUUAUCGCGUAUUUGAAGGAACUGAGCGCUGUUUUCCAAGACGACCAAUCGUGGCACUCGGAACUCAGGAAUAUCCGAUGACUCGGAAUCUGGACUUGGUACGAAUUGCUCGGAGUUCAGGAUUUUGAUUCUCCGGGGUGAACAUGAUAAAAACCGUUUGUAGCCGACCAAAUACCAAGCUAUGAACUUGAAAUUUGAUACACAUGACUCCCUAUGUUAUCAUAUAUAAACCUCUGACACCGAAUUUCGGUCUGAUCUUAUUCUCGACUUGGGCACCAGGGAGCCAAAACUAAAAAAGGUAAAAAGUGCAAUAUCUAGCUUGUUAGUAACUUGUUUUGGAUGAUAUUUUUAUGGUAUGUUCUCCCAGCAAGGAUACAUCACAUGUCAUACCGACUUUGGUUUGACCUAUAUCCUAUACAUGUCGCAUGUUUCUUAACCAGGAUGAAUUUUUAACCACCAAAUAUCUAUACGGUGAGCACAAUGGUCCCUGGCCUUACAAACGCUCGCUCCCUUUUCUCCGAUGCCUCUUGGUAAGUGUCUAUCUUCUUUUUCCUCUGAAAACUGGAGCAUUUUUGAUCUACAUGUAUAUUGUGUGGUGCAUUUAUUUAGUGGGAGUUAUGAUAAUUUGCAGUUCUCCAUUGUAUCAUGAAUAGAUUAUAUACAGUGACAAUACGUUCCACAAAAUAACCGUAGGCUAGUUGUAAGUAUUACCAAGAAUUCAUAUAGACUGAUAAUUUGGAAUCUCAGAAAUUUAAAAAUCUCAAGUUUUUUUCAAAAGGGUGGGUAAAACUUUCCUGAACUCAGAAACUAAAUGUUAUUGGUUCAAUGUAAAGAUGAUAGCAAGACAAACAAAAUGAUACCUUAUUCAACUCUAAACUCUUGAAAACAAGGGAGAUACAGAGCAUUUCGUCCAAGAGACAAAGUUGAUUAUCUAAUUUCCCAUGGUUUGGCAUGUUGGAAGGCAUUCAUUGUCUUAGAGGGGUUUUAGAACCUCGUUAAAACACCAUCCCAAUUCCUUAUUUAGCCUAAUAAUCGCUACUAAACGAGUUACACUAUUUGAGGCAUGUAUUUUGUGACAAAAAUUAAGCAACAACUAGCCAACAGUAGUGAUAGUCAUUGAAUAGAAGACGAAUUAUCUUGCCAAAGCCCCCUAUCGUCAAAAUGUUUAACCUACAUGUAGUGCUAGUUAAGAUGCUGUAGUAUUGGUUCCAAAACGAAUUAUUGGUAUCGUUUAUGCCUAAACCUGGCAAAUGCACUAAACUCAAAGUAAACACAACGUGGCACGUGAAAUUCGCGACUGAUACUCUCCGACAAUUGUCGUGUUGUGGUGCACGACUUGAUGGGCUAUUCUAAAACAUCUGUCUCACUUCGCCUCGGUUUUUGUCAACAUUUUAGCUCCACCCUCGCGGUUAUGGUGAGGCAACCAAUACUUCCAGUAAGGUUACCUAAUCCAACUAGUUUCAGUAACAGCCUGGGAUAGGUAGCUUUCACGUAGCAUACAUACAGUGGAACCCCGGUAACACGACCACUCAUGGGACCGUGGUCGGAGUGGUCGUGUUACCGGGGUGGUCGUGUUAGCGAGGUUGGGAAUCCCCAGACGAAAUAGAUGAUUAUUUUUCCCGCCAAAAUUGCCGACUGCAUGGCGUGUGUACGCUGUACUACCAUAGCAACGCUGCCUGAUUGAGAUGAUGCACGCUCCAAAGUUUUGUUAUCAUGCCUCGCAAGAACAGUUCGUCGAUAAAAUUACAUGUUACAUUCUCAGAAUGAGUUAGAAAAGGUAAUUUUGUAACUCAUUUUAUCCACAAAGUUUCAUUAUCUGCCCGACGUUACGCAUUUGCGGGCAAUUUGGUGAAUCAUCCUCCAUGUACCCGACUGUUUGUGACGAUUGAAGUAAACUUGUCGUAUGAUUCCACGUGAAUGAUGAGUUGAGUAAUGCUACAGUUUUAUUCAAAUCUAUUUUCAGUCAAAAUAUUUAAAGAAAUAAAAAAUGAUACUGUAGUAAAUCAACCAAGUGUCCAUAUCAUAAAACAUUCAAACGUCUCGCAAGCUUGUUAUUGUCAUAAGUGUGGUCUUCAAACUACCCGCCGUUUAUUAUAAGUUCAUAUGCAAAUCACGCAAAUCACAUGAUUUUGCUGCUGCUGAGUGCGCAUGUCUGGUACUGAACUGGCUUAGUAAUGAAAACAAACCAUGAAAACGUUAGAAAAGGAAAGUUUAUUUAUUCAUUUACACUUAUACAAUUGAUCAUACCUGCAAAAUCACAUUGUAUUUUUUGUUUUCAUAUGUAUUCCCAUGGCCAUUGUCCCCGUCUCAACAAAGCUUGGCAGCGAGGUGCUAAUUACUAUGCCGCGGUCGCGACCGAUUACGGCAAUUAGGCCUGGUGGUCGGGUUAGCGGGGCUGAUUUUCAGUUUGGGACCGGCCAAGCCAGUGGUCGCGGUCGGGGUACCGGGGUGGUCGUCUUAGCGGGGGACUCUUAAUGGUAAUUAGAGAGGAAACCAUUCGGGACCGGAGAAUCGUGGUCGCGUUAGCGGGGUGGUCGCGUUACCGGGGUGGUCGCCAACUUACCAAUAUACUAUUCAUGUAGCAUGUUUCUUUACCAGCAUGAAUUCCUGACCACCAAAUAUCCAUACAGUGAGCACAAUGGCCCCUGGCUAUUGAUAUUAGUAGAAUGUAUGAUAUCCAAGUUUUUGUAAUAAACAAGUGUU